AAGAUGUACUCCUUGCUGUGGAUAUUCGCCACUCUUUGGAUUUGGACCGCUGCGGUCGUCGGAGCAAGGAAAGUUUUGCCUGACUUGUACGAAGCGUCCAUUUCCGAGCUUCAGGCGGGGUUAGAUGCGGGGGAUUUCACUAGCGUAGACCUGGUCAAGGCGUACUUCGCGCGCAUUGACGAAGUCAAUCUCAAAGGGCCUCAGCUUCGUGCUGUACUGGAGAUGAAUCCAUCUGCGCUUACUGAGGCCGCAGCCCUCGACAAGGAGCGCAACCAAACAGGGAAACGCAGCGAGCUCCAUGGCAUUCCAGUUCUCCUCAAAGACAAUAUCGCCACCAUCGCAUCUGAAGGCAUGAAUACCACGGCGGGGUCGUUCAGUCUUCUUGGAUCUGUGGUACCCGAUGAUGCCGGUGUCGUGAAAAGACUCCGCCAAGCUGGAGCGAUUAUUCUUGGGAAAGCCAAUCUGUCGGAGUUUGCAGACUUCCGGGGCAGUAGCCUUCCUUCGGGAUGGUCGGGGCGCGGUGGACAGUGUACGAACGCCUACUUCCCUCAUGCGGAUCCUUGCGGAUCAUCUUCAGGCUCAGGUGUUGCCUCUGCUAUCGGUUUGACAGCAGUCUCUCUUGGCACGGAGACCGACGGAAGCAUCACUUGUCCAACGAGUAAUAAUAACUUGGCGGGCAUCAAGCCAACAGUAGGGCUCACGUCGAGAGCAGGAGUGAUUCCGAUUUCCGAACAUCAAGAUACAGUUGGGCCGAUGGCGCGUUCCGUUUCAGACGCUGCAAUCGUGCUAUCUAUUAUUGCAGGUCCUGAUCCAAACGAUAAUUUUACGCUGGCUCAGCCCAGCCCGGUACCCGACUUCACCAAGGCACUUGACAAAAAUUCUUUGAAGGGCAAACGCAUCGGCGUGCCACGUCGGGUGUUCCUCAAUGACACUAUCACCGGCAACGACCCUUUCGUCAACCAAGAGUUCGAGAAGGCUUUAGACACCAUCAGGAACCUGGGAGCCACCGUCAUUGACCCCGCGGAUCUACCUUCAGCGGACGAGAUUGCUGUCUCAAACAAUGAGACAAUCGUCCUCGACGUGGAUUUUAAGAUCCAACUCAAUGCAUGGUACACUUCAUUAAAAUCAAACCCUUCCGGUGUACGCAGCCUGGCAGAUCUCAUUGCUUUCGAUGACGCAAAUCCUUCCCUGGAAGAGCCUCCGCGGUUCCAGGAUCAGUCAACCUUCAUUGAGUCAGAGGCAACAACCGGGAUGAACUCAACGUAUUUCCAAGCGCUCGCGUUUGACAAAGAUCUGGGGGCAACCCGGGGUAUCGACGCAGCUCUGCAAAUGUUCGGUCUAGACGCUCUCGUACUUCCUGCACCAGGCUUUACGACUGUUCCAGCCGCCAUCGCAGGGUAUCCUAUCGUCACAGUUCCGCUCGGCUUUUACCCGGAGAAUGUCACCAUCGCGCUGGCAGGCCCAGAAACGGUCUAUCCCGCGCCUGGCGUUCCCUUCGGCUUGUCGUUCUUGGGUACGGCGUUCAGCGAGUUUUCGCUCGUCGGCUUCGCGUUUGCAUACGAGCAGGAGACGCAAACCCGACUCGUACGCAAGGCAUUUGCGGAAGCGAUCCCGAAGACACAGCUGCAAGACGUGAUAUCAUGAGGCACUCGGGGUAGUAACAUGACGUAGUUGUAGGUAGGAGCUUACCAAGGCUAAACAGCGACACGUAUAUCUUGGUGUCUUUAU